GUGCAAGGUGUGAGGUGAACUUAACGUUUACAGUAUACCGUGAGUGCUUCAGAGAACAAGAAAUGUUAAUCCUCUUUAAUUGUCCAACAGUGAUCGUGUAGUGAUACUUCGUUCAAGUGUUAAUUCCGUCCAUCAUGAUACACAAGUGUUUCUUGUACAUUAAUGUCUGUACAAAAUACUAAUUACGACCUGGCGUCAGGUGUUUGUUAGGUGCUGCAUUCCGGAAACACUUGUUUUGUUACGAUUGGUAUAUUCACCGAACUGAAAUAUGUUGGUGUAUUGCAACAAAGACGUGUAUCAGAUAUCGUUGUGGCAGACAAUCGCAGAAGCUGUGUGAAUAGUAAACAAAUUACAAAAUUAUCCAGGUGUGUUCGGAAGUUUAAAUUGUUCAUAUAUAAGCCUGCGGUAACAGACAGGUAUACUCAACGAUGUUUGGGCUGUGAACUGAAUAUGUUAGGAAUGUCUAAUCCAGAAAUGUCACUUUUGCUCAAUAUUCCACUUUAUGUUAUGGAAAUAAGUCUAUGAAACUUAUACGUGUGUUCAUGCAGUGAAAUAGGGCAGUGCCCCAUUAUGUUAACGUGGAAAAAUUCAUGAACUGUUUGUGAACGUUAUUAUUGUCUUCUUAAGACAGCAUUAAGCAUUCUGUUGAUAAGUAAGACGCAGUCUUUUAUUAACAAACAAAAAUUAUUACACGUGUGUGAUCUUAAACACUAACGUCCUGACGGAACAUCUUGGCGCUGUGUGACUUAAUACAAAGUCUGUGGUGUAUAUUUCUGGCAAAGUAAUUUCGUCAUAUGUGGAACUGUGUACUGGAAACCAAAGUUAAGAGGUAUGACGGUCGUAGCCGAUCCAUCGCCCCUGUACGUACGGAUCUCGUUCUGUCAAGUUUGCCGCAACUGAGUGGUCACCGGCUGCUACCGCGAUUUGCGACCUUCCGGUGGACGAUUGGCGUUCCUAUAUAAUGAGGGAGCUGGACACAGUCAGCCCGGUCGUGUGGCCUGCUUGGUGCUAUACAGGGGAAGGUCAGGGAGACUCCGAGACUGUGCCGGUUGUAACCGAUCUUCACCACCAGCAAGUACCUGCAAGUGCAGCAUCCGCCGCUGUGGCGUCAGCCAAGCCUCGGGGAAAGCGUCGUGGCGCAACAGUAUCGAGGGACAACGGUGCUACGGCCACCAUGAAUGGCGCCUCCAACACGACGGAACACCACCACCACCAUAACAACAACAACAACAAUCCCUCCGUGAAAACCGAAAGGCUGAGUCCCUCAACAACAACGUCUGCUACGGCCCCCACCGCCACGACCAUUGUUACGGGAGGUGGACCCGGCAAUGCGACCUCAAACACGCCCGACAACAAUAGUUCGUCUUCCAGAAGUGCGACCCCGUCCUCGUCGUACCCCGGAACCCCUCCAGGAGCCCUGACUGCUGAGAGAGCGGCAAGCCCGUCGUCUUCUUCCGCGGGGCAAUUCAAACAUAUGGAACAGAUGAUGAGUCGCAAUUACAGCGACUUCAUGCGGAGCCUCGCAGCGAAGUACAACAACGCCAACCCGAACGACUACUUCAGCUCGCCUACCAGAAAUGGUUUCCCUGUGGGUUUGGAUCCUCGAUUCACACCAUUUAAGACCGGCGCCACUUCUUUCGUGAGCCUGAUGACACCCCUUGGAACUGCGACGAUGCCAUCUCCGGGUCAUCAGAAGAAUAACAGUACGACGGCGAACAGUAAUAGUGCGUCUACGACAUCGGGUAACUCCAUCGGUGGUACUUCUGCGUCUUCAAAAGAGUGUAUUAUAGACAUGAACCAUCUGAAAAAACCCGUCUCUUCGUCGGUGGAAGCUCAGCAAGCCUUGUAUGCUGCCGCCGCAGCCAAUUUUGGUGCGAACCCGUUCAGCACUGCUGCGAGUAGCAACACCCCCAUAUUCCCUCCCCUCAUAGACAUGAGCUCAACCCAGGCUCUCCUCAGCAUGGUGCGAACAGCCAGUGCACACAACGCGUCUCAGCUUGAGAAUUACCUGAAGGGCGCUAACAAGAGGCCGUCGCCCUCCGAAAGCAGCCCCCUCGAUCUUUCUUCUGGGUCCAUCCCUACGUAUAAGAGAUCACGGACUAACAAGGGUGCUGGUGGUGCUAGUGAGACUAUAUUCCUAAACAGUGACUCUUUACUUCAUGUGCCGAUGGUUGAUGCGUUGAGGACUACGAAAGAGAGGCUUGGAAAAAGGACUGGAAGUGUCUCGCCCAAGCCUCCGGUGAGAAAUAAUGGCGGUAGUUCUGCCGGGAGUAGCCCGAGGUUGUUACCGUCGUCCACCGUGACUUCGGCGUCCGCGACAGCGAGUCAACAGCACGUUUUGGGAAGGAACCUGCCGUGUCUAUCCAUGUGUUCGGCGGACAGGGCGUGUUCUUCGGGUGGCGACCCUCAAGCCAUGGCGCAGUGGAGUGUUGAGGAUGUGUGCAGUUUCGUCGCGUCCAUUGACAUCUGCGCCGAAUAUGCACCGAAUUUCCGGGAGCAGCGCAUUGAUGGCUCAUCAUUGCCACUUUUGACUGAGGACCACCUCACAGUGACCAUGGGCAUGAAGUUAGGGCCAGCGCUUAAACUGCGAGCAACACUGUCUCGUCGCCUCGGCCACUGUGCCAUCUGCCUUCAUUGCGUCCACUGCCACAACACGCCCACCUCAUUGGCUGCCAUUGUUUCGCCAGCUCGAACGCCACCUUCAGUACUUAGCAGUGCCAUUGGCAGACCAAACAGUACUGGAAAUUGAAAUUCAGUAGUAAUAAUUUAUCUUUAUCUUUUCCUGUGUUCACAGUCACCUCUGAUCUCAUUAAUAAUGACUGCCACUGUGAACAGUUUCUAGGUGUCCGCCGCGUGUUUUGAAAUUUUAUUCUGCCUUUUAAGUGACCAAGUUAUAUUUACUCAUGUCCACAUCGGCACAUUCUGAUGUUUUUGGGGAAUUGCAAGUACUGGGCACAUAUAAUAUUGCAAAUUUACAAAGAAUGCGUUUGAAAUGCUGUGUUCUGGUAUAAAUUACACCUUUCCAGUCUUAUUUGUAUGAUGACUAACUGUCUUGUAUAUUGUUUAGAAAAUACCACCAGUGCUUGAAGAUAAAUAACGGAAGUCGUAAGAAGGGCACGUGAUCUUCCACUUCUGAAUUACGUUUUUAGUGCAAAUGAAAUAUGAUUGCUAAUGAAGAAAUCACCGUAAUUUCUGCCGUAUUAUAAAACUGAAUUCAAUGGAUUUCAACAGAUUGAAAAUACCAGUUAGAGUGAGCAGAUACUGAUGAAGAGGUACAUCACAACAGUGUUCUGUAUCCGCAAUAUUCACUUUAUUAGUUGUAAGAGCCUCAAAUGAGUUAGAUCCAAACUCAUGAAGUAUUUAGAGAAUUUGAGUCAAUUUUAUCUCUUUGUGAAGUUCUGGUGAUCUAACUAAACAAUUAGUGGUGCUAUUGUUUUGGAGCGGUUUAGUUAAACACUGAAAUUGCUCAACAGAGUUUUUGGGACCAUUGCGUACCACAGUAUAUUGUAAGAGACUCUAUGAAGGCCAAACAGUGAUCUCUGACCGAAGUGCAAUAUUGUACAGAUAUCUAUUAAUAAUGUAUUCUGGACUCAUGUUAUAUAUCAGUCGUCAAAUUUAACAUAUUUGUUGUAUAUCUGCUUUAUUUAUGUUCAUGUUUGUUUUUUUGUGAUUUACUAAACAAGCAGUUCUCUUUAUCCAGUUUUUAUUAUCCCACUGACAAUAUUUCAAGGGAUUGCAUUCUUUCAGUAUCAACAAUUUAAUCAUGAAAUUUAAUUUGGAAAUGUUAUAGCUGUCACAGUUGACAUAAUUAAUAUCUAGUUUGUCAUUUCUUCGCGUCCCCUCCUUCAGAACAAGACCUUGCGCGCUUGGCCACACCUGGGCUUCUACCGUCUCAGGCUAGAUCACCGCAAGCCUGAAAAACACCAAGACUGCCACCUUGGGAUUUGGGCAUCUAGGCAUCCCCUGUUACUACUCCCCCCCCCCCAGUAGUGCCCCUGAUGGGGAUUUCUGCCCCAGGGGUUUUACCACUAAGGCCUAAUCCCCAUGCUGUCUGAUCAAGGGGGAUUCUUUCCUGUCUUGCCCAGCUGGACUUCCAAAAUCGAUAGAUUUGCCCUCACUGGUUCUUCAGACUCACCUGAGCAUCUACCAUUAUGGGUUAAACCACCUAGGGAUACCCCAUCCCCUGUAAUUUCCCCGUAGGUGCCUGGCUACCUAUAGGGCAAGGCCACAUCAGGCCCCCCCCACUUUCUCCAACCAAACAGGGCUUGUCACUUCUGGUUCUUUACCACCCUGGCCUUUCAGGAAAAUGCUUUGUAUCACCCAGGUACUUUACUGCUGAGCUAAUUUGCCCAAAGGAAAUAAAGAAUUUGGAAUUUCAAAAAAAAAUCUUAUUUUGCAUGUAUCAUCGACCUUCACAUUCAUAUUUUGCGGAUACAAACUAUUAUGAACAAAGCUGCAUAAUUACAAAUUUUGUACAUUGAGUUGUAUAUAUAUAUGUUUUUUCAUUUGAUGAACGUUGAUUUGAACUGUAUGCAAAGUAGGGGUUAUAUAGUGACUGUAUAUAGACCACAAUAAAAUUCAUCCAGUAACUUUCGGUGUAGACCUCAAUACCAAAUUCUGCCAAAAUCAGUGGAAUCAUUUUAGAGAUAAAACAUACAAGAUAGACAGAAAGGCAUGACAUAAUUAAGUACUUAUUGUAAUAAAUGUGAAUUAAUUUUUUUUUUAGUUAUAUAUCAUGUUGUUGAACGUCAGAAAUCCACACAUUUAUGAUUGAUCAAGUGUUGAUAUUGUUUUAAUAAAAUCCAUUAGCAGACCAAAUUGGUGCUGUAAUGUGCUUCUUCAUUAUGAUCUUUUUUCUUAAUACAGGGUGAUGCCACUCUUUUUGUUUCAUCUGACAUUCAUCUGCAGGUUGCUGGACUAACCUAUAUCCGCCAUGUUAUAUAUAGGUCUAUUUUCAUGGUGUCAUGGUUUUCAGUUACUAAAUUAGUUUCCAUAACCUAAAAUAUUUAUAAAUUUGCAUAACUAAACCGGUUAUGGCACCGGAGAUGUUAAACUGACUACUUCCAUUUACGGCAUCUAUCAUAAAAAAUAAAAUAUAUGUCAUUAAGACAAAGAAAGGAAGACAACACAUAUUCCCUAGUCUGAUGAAAGUUUCAUUUUACAUGUUAACAUCCAAAUGAUAUAUAUGUACUUAUUUAUUAAAGAUAUUAAAAUGAUAGGAAAAUUUUGUAUCAUACAUUUACGCAGUUCUAACCAUGUGUAUGUUACAUUUUUGACUGCUGUGAUAUUGUGUCAUAUUUAUAUGGAAUUAAAGUGCAUUCCUGACUGAGUGCCUUAUAAAGUAAAUGGCAUAAUGUAAUUACAUAAUUUUUUACUAUGAUGAUUAUUGCUCACUGAUACUUGUAAUGUGUAACGUUAUUAAUCUAUCGAAUAUCGUUACAGGUCUAUCAUCAUACACGAUGCUCAAAACCAAUUAAUAAAUACUGUCUUAUAACAAUUAAGGCACUAGAAGUAGCUUUGUUUCAGUUUCGUAAUCUUAUGGAGAAAAUUUGACAUAAACUGAAAUUAACUUUAAUCUAGAUAUCUAGGAGAUGCUGCAAUUAUUGUCGGCUAAACUUACAUGUGCGAACAUAAUAGCAGAUCCAUGAAUAUUUUUGGUACAGUAGUUACUAUCAUAGUAUAGUAAUUUAUUUCCUUUGAUAAUUUUAUUUUUAUAUCUGAGUUUGAAAAGUUGAUCAGUAUUUAAUGAUGACUGCAGGAAAAGGAAAUUCAGACACUUGGUAAUUGUUACUGGGUGCAUGAUACUGUCAUGGGUUCACAGUGGGUAUUUAAUGUUAGAAUACUUCAGAUUCUGGGAUAUUAGCAAGGGAUUUUCUUUUCAUAUAAUUGCUGCAUCUUGAAUCUGAAUAGUAAUUUUGUAGAUUUUCUGUCUGCAUAAGUUAGAAACUUAAAUGACAUUUCCCAUGGCUCUGGGAGGUCUAUGAAACAAACAGAUCAAAAUCAGGAUCAUUACUGUGUUUGUGGUUGAAAUUAGUUAAUUUGUUCUGUCUUUCUGAAGGCAAAACUAUUGUUCCUUUAUAUAUUUUAAUAUACUGUACUAUUGGAAAUCAUAAACAUGGCGGUAAGAGUAUACAGUAAAGUUUCAUUUGAAUGUUUUGUACAUAUGAAAUUAUCCUGAUUUUUAAAUAUUAAUUUUUAAGUCAUAUUUAGUACUUAAUUUAUGCUGAAGACUAAAUAAACUACAAAGUUACAUGCAUAUAAAAUUAUUCAUAGAGCAUAAUUGUUCAUCACAUUUUUAUGCAUUCAUUAUUAGCAAAUCUCACUGACUUGUUAGUUUCAGUGAGUUUAUGUAUUGCAAUUGUUUUUAUAUGAGGAUAUUUUGUUGCACUUCAUAUGACAGGCAAAUGGUAAGAAUGGUGGACUGUAAUUAUUAAUAGAGAAGAGUGCCUUUUAAAUGAACUGUAAGGUCUAUUCUUUCAUAUCACUGUUUGUGUUUUAUGUAGGUGCAUUAACAGUAUGAAAGAAUGGAGGUGGUAUGCUGUGAGUAUAUAAUCUGAUGUGGUGUAAUGUAUUUUUUGUUAGGACAUUGUUUAUAAAUAAAUCAUAACUGUUUCAAAGAUCA